AUAAACAGUUGCAGAGCAGCAGGCUCUCACUGUGCUUCUUCACAGGAAAUAAAGCGAGGCUUUUGAACUCUUUUUUUUUUUUUUGCCUAAUAACAACAAUUACAGAUGUUAAAAAAGAUGGGAAGAAUAAACCAAGCUGUGCUAAUUAUUUUGUAUGUGUUAAUAACUGUUAAAGCUUUUGAAAUGGAGAUUCUACCUGCUAACAGAGUUGUUGUACAGAUUGGAGAAAUGCUCGUAGUCACAUGCAAUACUACUGGCUGUGCAUCACCAAGUUUUUCAUGGAGAACCCAAAUGGACCACCCCCUUGGAGGAACAGUGAACAAUUACAGGACGUACUCUACCUUGACUAUGAAUCCAGUUAGUGUUGAGAAUUCUCAUGAUUAUCUGUGUACUGUCUUCUGCAGUGGAAAAGAGAAAAAGGAGAAGAGUAUCAAAGUUGAACUUUACUCUUUCCCCAAUGAUCCUGUCAUUGAGAUCAGCCCAUCAUUAGUUGCUGGAGAACCAGCCACUGUCAUCUGUAAAAUUCCUGAAGUGUAUCCUUCUGAUCACCUGGAAGUACUCUUAAUGAAAGAGGGACAUACUCUUCAUGAGAAAAAUUUCUUUGAAGACGACAGCACAAAUACAGAAACAAAAACUGUGACAUACUCAUUUAACCCCACAACUGAAGAUAUUGGGAAAGAGAUUACUUGUGUGGCCAAAUUACCAAUUGCUAACAUGGACUUUGAGCCCAAAGAAAGAGUAACUUCUCUGAAACUGAAUGCAAACUUUGGUCCACAAAAUACUAUCAUUACUGUAUCUCCAAGCAACUUGCCAGUGGAAGGCAACCCUCUAAAACUCACUUGUGUGACUGAGAGUAAUCCACCAGCACAAGUAGUUUGGAGAAAACAUCUGGCUGAUGGAAACAUUGAGCAUUUUAUAGAAAACAAUGUCCUUUCUAUUCCUCAUGCUCGUUUCACUGACUCAGGACUGUACAUCUGUGAAGUAAUUAAUCUUUUAACUAAUAAAACAGAAAAAGCAACAGUCGACAUUGUUAUACAAGCGCCACCAAAAAAUACAACACUUUCAAUUUUCCCUUCAAGUGUGGUGAAGCAAGGAGAAAGUGUUACCAUCUCUUGCACAUCUGCAGAUGUUCCAGCUGUUCAGAUUACCCUAAGGAAGAAAAUAGGUGAUGUGAUCACAACCCUUGAAACAGAAGAUGGCAAAUACACCAUAGACAAGGCUCAGCUAAAGGAUGCAGGAAUAUAUGAAUGCAUAUCCAUUAACAAACUCGGAAAGCAGUCUCAGCACAUAGUACUUGAUGUCAAAGUUCCUCCUCAAAAUAUUACCGUGUUAGUAUAUCCAUCAGAAAAUGUUAAAGAAGGAGAAAAUGUCACUAUUACAUGUAGCACAUACAGUAACCCACCGUCACAGAUGGUCCUGAAAAAAGUUCACCAAGAGAGAGAAAUUAUUCUACCAUCAGUGAAUGGAACCUUUACGCUCUACAAUGUCACCAAAAAAGAUACAGGCAAAUAUUUGCUUGAUGUUUUCAAUGAGGUUGGAAACAAUAUCAAAGUGAUAGAGAUAGCUGUUGUAGGAAAAUUGGAAAAAAGAGAUCAAAUGAUGCCACUGAUUAUUGCAUUCUCUUGCACAACAGCAAUAGCGAUACCUGUGGUUGCAAUUUUGAUCUACGUGUCAAGAAAAGCAAAGAUAAAUGGAUCCUACAGUCUUGUUGAAGCACUGAGGCUGAAAGUGUGAUUGUGUGAAUAUAAGUCUAAGUAGUUCAUAAUAAGCAAUGUUAUUUAUUGUUGUGACUGGCCCUAUUCCUCUACAUUUGGUAACAAACAAGUGACUUAAGAACACUAUCAUGUGAUAGUAAAUGGAAAUUUUUUCAAGUCUUGUUAAGUAUUUCAGUAUUUAAAUGAAAGGGAAGGCUAGCAUCCUGUCCUAGGAAUAGAUAAAACACUUCCGUGUCAAAGCAGGCUGAACAGAGUUCCUUGGAGAACUAGGUUUGUACAUAGUGUAUAAAUUGUGUUAUAAAUAUGCUCAACUGAAUAUCAGUUUGCAAAAUUGCAGUCUCUGCAACUGUACAUAGAAGUUGUUAAUUCAGAAAUACAAAUCAGCAUUACUUGAGCUGAUCAGAUGAUAAUAUUUUAUUUUGUAUUAUUCUACAGAGUGAAUGUUUUUAGUAUAAUCUUUCUGCUUGUGGUAAUGUCUGGAAAAUGUUCUCUUUUCUCUUAUUUUACCAUAAACUCUGUACCUCCAAAGAAGUUACACAAUCACUGGGCCGUGCACUUCUAAUUAUUUUAAAUUAAUUUAUGAUCUGAAGACUCAUUUGUGAAAUAUUCUAUUUUAGUUAGUGAAUACAUUAUUAUGAAUAUUAUUCAGAAAGUGGCUGAGAUUAUGUUAGUUUUAGGACAGCUGAGAAGUUUAGGUAGGAUUCAGUCAUUCACAAAUUAAUGGUAGUAUUCUGUUGUUUCCUGAGGAACCAAAUCAGACCCUUUAUUUAGAGUAUAAACUACCAUUAACUAUACUUUACAGAUUUUUACUACAAGAUAAUACUAUCGCUGGGUUUCUUUUAGAUUCCUCUAGUAAUUCUUGCUUAAUAUUAUGUCAGAAUACCUGCUUACCAUAUCCCCUUUGCUAAUGCUUAUUUUUUGGAGAGCAGAAUGGUUUAUACUUGGAAAUCAGCUGCUGUAAAUUUAUUAGCUGAAAAUGUAGCUACUUUCUAUCUGUGGACUUCAUCUGAUAUAUGCAAAUUUAGAGAGUGUAGGUUAGCGUUAUUGAGGGAGAACUUGUGCAGUUCUCGGGCAUGUUCCUGUGGAAGGAACGAGUGAAAACUGCUGUCAUUAGCAAUAUCAGGUUGUGUCAGGGGAAGCUCUCUCUGUAAAGGCACAAGCAACUCUGAGUGUUACGUAACUGAGGAGAGGCAAAAUCUAUGCAACUUCAGCCACGGUGGUUGAGUUGGUUACUGGAGCAAUACCCUUCCCGGGCUGCUCACUGUGGAAAAUCAGAUUACUUGCCUGACAGAUUUCCUUUCAAUAGACAGCCUGUGCCUGUGUGUUUCACCCUGGCUAGUGCCCCUUUUCACCACAUGCUCUCUCCAGUGCUAGGAAAAUGGAUAUGAAAAUAGUGGGCCCUCUGUGCACAGGCAAAGAUGAGAGGGAACGAGAGGUGGAAUUUAAUGGUAUUCUCCCUUACAUCUCUUCUCCUGGGCAGCAAUGCUGCUUUGACUCAUUAGGUCAGUGAUGUUCAGCACUGAAGGCAAAGUUGUGGGAGGUACAAAGCGAGGUUAAGCAUGCAGGUGCUGAGGUAUUGGAGCGCAUUUAGUCCCAGCAGCCCUGAGCCAGUGUGUUAGGCACAAGAAGGUGGGCCUGGCUCCUCCAAACACACUCACAUAUGCCAAAUCAGACAGAUACGUGAAAGGAAUUUCUUUAUAUUAUUUACCAUUCUUUACAAAUGCUGACAGCUGCCUCCAACAGCAGUACAAAUGCAGAUGUCUCUUGGGAGCUAGCUGCAGGAUGAGGUGGGGUACAGAUCUCUCAUGUCUUCUUCAUAACAUGUUCUGCACUGUUUUGUGCACAGUAAAUCAGUUCAUGCAGGGUCCUAUGCUUAUUUACAGUUGGAAUGGGAGAUUUGGAAAGUGGGGGUGUAGCAGAAAAAUGGGAGAGCAGUGUGGACUUGGCUUGGAGGAAUGUGAGCGUGCAGUAGGAGGGCGAAGAAAAGACUGAAGACAGAGGAGGAGGAGAGCUUUGACAAGCCCAUGACAUAAAUUUCUCGGAGGUGGUGCCAGGCAGAUUUAUUCAGAAUAAUGUCAGGCCUGUCUCUGUGCUGGCUUGUGAGCAAACCAGAAAGUAUUUUUCAACUGUGUGAAACUUCAGUGCACACACAUUUUGUCUACUGAGUACAGUUCUGGCCUCUGUAUUGCAAUAAGGAUGUAGCACAUUUAGAAGAUAAAAAGUAAAGAAACUAAAGUGAUUAAGAGGAUGGAGGACCUAG